AUCAUUUUUCAAUAUUUUGCUACCAUUUGCAUUCCAUGCAAAUAAUGAUACUUUAAUUGCAAUGAUUCAAAUACUACAAGGACUUGUACAAGGUAUAUCAUAUCCUGCAAUGCAUGGUGUAUGGCGCUAUUGGGCACCACCAUUAGAGCGUUCAAAAUUAGCAACAACAGCAUUUACAGGUUCUUAUGCUGGGGCGGUAAUUGGUUUACCAGCAUCUGCUUGGCUUGUUAGUUAUAUACAUUGGUCUGCACCAUUUUAUGUGUAUGGUUUUGCUGGUGUUAUAUGGGCGGUAUUUUGGUUUACAUUAACAUUUGAAAGUCCAACAUUUCAUCCAACAAUUUCGAUGGAAGAGAAAAAAUAUAUCUUGGAAACAAUUGGACCAGUAUCCACAACUCAUCCAACACUUGCAUCAAUACCAUGGAAGGCAAUAUUACAAUCAAAACCUGUCUAUGCAAUAAUUGUUGCAAAUUUUGCACGAAGUUGGACAUUUUACCUUUUGCUGCAAAAUCAACUUACCUAUAUGCGAGAAGUGCUAAAUAUGGCAAUUAAUAAUAGCGGUUUAAUAGCCGCUUUACCGCAUGCAGUAAUGGGUUUAGCAGUACUUGGUGGUGGACAAUUAGCCGAUUAUUUGCGCUCUCAUCAAAUUCUCAGUACAACAGCAGUACGAAAACUUUUCAAUUGCGGUGGUUUUGGUGGUGAAGCUUUAUUCAUGCUUGUUGUCGCAUAUACUAAAAGUGACAUAACUGCUGUAUUCGCAUUAAUACUUGCUGUUGGCAGUAGCGGAUUUGCAAUUUCAGGUUUUGUUAAAAUAAAAAAGAAAGAAAAUUAA